GACUUAUCAUGAACCCCUCAAGAUCGAUGACUGGACUACUGACGAGGCGAUGGCUGUCGUGUGCCUCGAACAGCCGGAGACUGGGCGCCGAUUCACCGAGGAAACUCUGGCGGUCAACAAUCACAGGUUAUCAGCUUCAUCCCACUCCGACCGGGUACCACCACCCCUGCAAACAGCCCAUGGACAAUCACAUGAACACGAGAUACUACUCCGUGGACUCCAGCCCUUCACCAUUCACCGUCUCAGACUUAGAUCCUCAAGAAUUCCACCAAAUUUCUGAUCAAACGCUAGAUGAGCUAACCGAGGCACUCGAGCGACUGGUCGAAUCGGACCAUCCAGAAGUCACCGGCUGGGAUGUGGAUUAUUCGAGCGGGGUCAUGAAUUUCUCCAUGGGCCAUCAUGGCACUUACGUGAUUAACAAACAGCCUCCAAAUAAACAAAUAUGGCUAUCUUCACCAUUCUCAGGUCCUAAGCGGUUUGAUUACGAUAAGAGCCGGAAGAGUUGGUUUUACAGUCGAGAAGGAAACGAAUUGAUGGCCUUACUGAGCUCUGAAAUCGACAGUAUCUUGGGCAACCAGUUCUUUUCUCAACUGUUACAUUCCUCUUCGAAUCUCCCACAACAGUAAAAUCAGGACAUUGUCAACAACACCAACAAUAAGCAUAGAGAUGUAGAGUGAGUGAGUGAAAAGAUUGGGGAGAUUAAACACUCAAAAAAAAAACAUCUCAGGGGAUGUGGGAAAAGGGUAGGAAUUUAUUUAAUCCGUUGGAGUGAUUCAGGAAUUCUUGAUUAUCUGAAAAUUCCAAUAUCCUUCUUAAUUCAAUCUGAACACUCUUUGUGGGAAGGAUUCUGUAUAGGCCAAGCUAACUGUACCCAAUCAAAAUAGCUACUCAGGCUUCGUUUAUUUUUAGUUAUCAGUUAUUUUUUGGCCACAUGUUA